ACUCAUACUUUUUUUUUUCUUUUUCUUUUUUCUUUUUCUGAUUGCGGACGCUACGCUACGCCUUCACAUCCCCGUCGCAGUCGCUUGCGUUGGUGUUAGUUGCAGAGCGAGGUCCUGUGUCGAACGAGAUUCUUCGUGCGGUUUUUCUUUGAGUGAGGGCUCGGCAAUUGCUGACCGACGGGUUACAAGGUUGCGGGGAGCUUUGCAGGGCUUGGGAAGCGGUGAUUUCACACGCCGUUGCCGCACUUUUCAGCGUUUGUAGACCCCAUUGUGAUGCACUUUCAAUUAGCCCUUCUGAUUGCGUAUGUGCACGUGUGUUUUUUUUUUUUUUUUUUUUUUUUUUUUUUUCACUGUUUUUUCAUGACGUGAGAGAUUGAAAAGGUCUGGUUGAAGUGUGCAAUCUUAGUGUACACGUACAUGUCUGCGGUCUGAGCGAUCCCAGUGUUCGUACUCCACGAGAGGGUUGGAUCGAUGCUCGUUAUGUGUGAGUGAGAGAGGUUAUUCAGUUGUGAGUAAGGUAACAGUUUGAAUGCGGCGACACCGACAGAGAUAAUUAGCUUGCAUACUUGUUGAGGUGCUUGAAAGGCAUUUUCUAUGGCUUUGGCAGCUGUGGAAGGGGGCAUAGCUUGUGCCAGUCUUCAACGGGCUCAUGCUUUGUCGUUGGUGAUGGGCGAGCUUUGCGUAUCGUGAGACUGGAGCGAGGAGAUAGCUGGCAACGACGCUGGAUAGAGACAACAGGCAUCCAUGGCCUCUACUGAGUUUUGAGACAUUCGGACAGCUGAGUAACCUUUUCAUUCAAGGUCGAUCACCGAGUGCCUUGGUGCAUCUUCCACAAGAACACUCUGUGUGCGGCUUCUGCAAGAAGGGGGACUCCAGGUGGUUUACUCUCUUGCAGAUUGCAUUGCAAAAUCGAUAGCAGUCGUCCUGCGCAUGGGUAAUGACAUUCAAAUAUUGGAUCAAGUGGUUAUCUGGAAGCAAAAGUUAAAUCAAAUCUCAGAAAUCCAUGGCCUCUGGCUUUGAGGGGGAACACGCCCAAGAAAAGAGGAUAACAGAACAUCCGAAUCAUUUCGUUGCUGACAUUGCUGCCCAUGGAUUCUAAUGGCCACAAGGAAUGUGAGGAUGGAGAUCAAACGCUAUUGGGAGGACCACCCGAUAUAAAUCUGCCGCUAUCAAUAGAGAUCUGUCCAGACCCAUGGGGUCUAAAGCCCUCGGAUUUACUGCAUACUAGCUUGGCACCAGCUCAAAAUCUUGAGUUGGGAACUGUGACGUCCUCUAAAGGGCGCCGGUGGGUGCGACGUGGUGAUACGAUUUGGGGUGCUUGGUUUUUCUUUAAUCAUUACUUCAGACCUGCAUUGAAUGAUGAACGUCAGGGUAAGCUUCUGCGAGAUGGCAUUCUGGCACCCCCCUUGGACAAGUCUGAUCUGCGAUUGGACCUUUUCCUAGUUCAGCAUGACAUGGAAAACAUGUAUAUGUGGGCUUUUAAGGAGAGGCCCGAAAAUGCGCUUGGGAAGAUGCAACUUCGUAGUUACAUGAAUGGACAUGCAAGGUUUGGUGAGCCACAGUUUCCUUUCAGCGCGGACAAAGGAUUUGCCAGAUCCCACAGAAUGCAAAGGAAGCAUUAUAGAGGCUUGUCUAAUCCCCAAUGUGUGCAUGGUGUCGAAGUUGUAAGAGCUCCGAACUUGCUGAAUGUCAGUGAGGAUGACUUAAAACGGUGGAUGGAAUUGACGGGAAGGGAGAUCAAUUUUACAAUGCCCCCAGACGCUGAAGGGUUCUCUGAAUGGCGUAGUCUUCCAAAUACAGACUUUGAUUUAGAGCGUACAUGCUCUCCUUCUCCUAGCAAACCUCCAAAUGGAUACACCAAGAAGCAAGCAUCAGCGCGAUCAGGACGAAUGAAUGAGGGUAAUCACAAUGUGAAUGCUGUGAGCCAGCUGCCAAGCCCUGCCAGUAGCGGUAGUCCAAACAGCCUGAGUCCAGGAGGUAAGAGAAAGAAGAUCAAUUCUUUUCUCCCUGUUGGGCUCCUACCCUGCGGCAACGAGGCUGAUUCAUGUGUGCCUGUAGUGAGCUAUGCGGGCCUAGAGAACUUCCACACAGGAACGGAACCCUGCUGGCUCUCAAGCUUCUCAGGAGUGAUGACCGAUGCUUGUGGGCCUGUUACUGGAGCCAAGAGUAUUUAUGAGGAUGAUAAAGGUUACCUUGUCAUGGUAAGCCUACCUUUUAUUGACAUGCAAAGGCUCAGGGUGUCAUGGCGUAACACUGCUACUCAUGGUGUUCUGAAGAUUCAUUGUACCAGCACGGCCAGGACUCCAACAGUGGUCAGAGGAGACAGGACUUUCAAGUUGACUGACCCCAAUCCAGAACAUUGCGGGCCAGGCGAUUUUGUGCGAGAGAUAGGACUGGCUACGAGAAUUCCUGAGAAUGCAGAUCUGAAGGCUUUCUAUGCGGAAGCGUGCGCUGGACUAGAGAUCAUGGUCCCGAAGCACAACAUACUCUCGGAGGAGAGAGAAGUGCGGGUUUUUUUGCCACCUCAAAUGAGCCAUACCGAAGCUUUACUCUUGUAGGCGACAUGUCAUGGUAGAUAAACCUAAUUUUCAUCUUGUACUAUAGAAGUUGUAUAUUGUCAUUUUUAUAUUUUUAGUUGAUCCUAUUAUGUCAUAGUCAUGUUGAGCUCUAUACAAAAUUAAACCCAGAGCACUCUCGUUUUGUAAAAGGAUUCAGACCUCUGAGCUGGUAGCUUGUAAGUGAUUCAAGUUCGUUUCCCCCUCCCCUUAUAUGAUUCACCUAUCCUCUCUAAUGCGUCUCUUGUAAUGUAGUCGAUCUCAUGUUGAGCAGAUACAUUAUCCUAAUUGUCUUCAUACGCAUUGCCAGUAAAUUGUGAUUUAACCCAUCAGGGACUAAGGGAUGCCAUGA